GCUUUUCGCAAAACGAUUUUCCCGCUUUUCCCGAUGCGUCGUCUAACGGAGUGCCGUACCGCCACAAGGGACUCGAGACGAAAACGAAAACGAAAAAUGGUUGCACGACGAGAAGGAAUAUGAACAAAAAAAAGAGAGCAAAAGAUACAUUUGCGUGGGUGCACUUUUCCUCGCUAAACAAGGGAAAAGCCGCCCCGGGUGCAGUGCAGUGUAUCUGCCUAAUUCGCAGAUUAAACAGAGCAUUCAGUUUUGUUUAAAAGCGGACGCGUAUCAAUUGUUCAAGUCAGUAUCAGCAGUUGCAUCGAUCGAUAAACAUUGAACGCUUGUGAAGCUCAGCAGCAGUAGUGUGGGACGUGAUCGUGAUUUUGAGAAGCUUUGUCGCGUAGUGCUAAGCCCAGUGCGUGUCACAGGUUCGAGUGUGUGUGGAAAUAGAACGAAGUAAUCCAAACAUCCCAAAAAAGCAGAAUGUACAGCAGUAGCACGAUGUUGAAGUAUCUGACGCUUGCCUCAGUCAUCGCCACGGCCCUCUGCGCUAGUGCCGGUGUUCGCGGUGCGGUUAAACACGAACCAAGCGGAGGAGAGCUGAGCGUGCUGCAGAAGGUGUACGAUGAUUGCCAGGAUAAGCAGGAUUUCACCGGCUGUCUCAAGGGCAAGGCCUUGACCGCCAUCUCCCGUGCUAUUGAUAUGGAAUCCAUCCCACUGCUCGAUGGAAUCGCCCUGGUGAAGCAGGAUAAGGCCGAAAACGUCACCGUACCGCUGCUGAGCGAUGCCCGUUCGAUGAGCGGCCUGAGCACCAUCGAUCGUUCGCUGCUGGACAAGGUGGAGCAGUUCCUGCGCACCCAUGUCGUCCGUUUCGAUAUGCGCCAACAGGAGGGAGCCCGUGGCAACAAGCAGAACAAGCAUCACCGCUAUCUGAUCGCUGCCUUCCUGACCGCCAUGGGUAUCGCUGGUCCGAUCGGUCUGAAGGCGCUCGCUGCCAUCGCCGGUAAGGCACUCGUCAUCUCGAAGGUGGCCCUCACCAUCGCCGGUAUUUUGGCGCUGAAGAAAAUCUUCGCCCACGAUCACCACGAGGAGACGAGCUUCCAGGUGCACGCAUCCGGACACGAUAACCGACGAACUGCCUACGUGAUGCGCCCCUCGAAGGCGGCCGCCCCGGCCAGCGUUGAUCCCUACCGGUACUACUACGAACAACAGCAGCAGCAGCCUCAGCAGCAGUAUGCUGCCCAGAUGUAAAUUUUGGUGCCAAACGCUCCCUCCCAAAACAGAACCCGUCGAACGGGGUAAAGGGGUUUUCCAGAAGGAAAACAGCGGCGACAGCGACAACGAAAAUGACGAAAUCGAAUCGAUCGGUAAUAGGACCAGGAAUGACUUUCUGACCGCCCUUCAGUUCCUCUGGAUGCCCGGCAGACUGGAAAACUUCGAACCAACCGAUUGUAAAAUGUAAUAUUUAUUUUAAUUUAUUUGCUAAUCUUAAAUCAUUAUCGUUUCGCCCAUCCUUCCCCGAAAUACUGUAGAAAUAUCUUCAUUAAAACGUUUUCAAAAAUUUUGUUUAUACCGAUUCUGUUAGCUAAAUGAUAGCACAAUGAACAUUUAAAAUUUUGAUUGAUGAUUGAACGAUCUUUCGCGAUCGAGUCACAUCACUAACAUACAGCAAAAUAGCCAAAGCCAGUAGACAAGUAAUACGAACGGAGUAACACAUCUCCUGCCCUUUGCCAGAUGGUAUGAAAGGAAACAAAAUUAACAUGAACGCUUGACAGGAAUUCAGUGGCGAACACAAUUGCAAACUCUAUUUCGACCAAGCCAAUGGCUCAAUUGCUUCAACGAGAGCAAAUGUGAAGGCAACUAAGUUGAACAAUAAAUAUAAAAUGUCUAACAAUGCAAAUUCAACUAGAAGAACUAUGAGUUUCAUUAUA